GGGAAUCCUGAGCUGCUCUCUCAGAGAUAUCUGCCCUUUGCUAGGGUUGAACUGUGCAUGUCGAAGAUCAUGUUUGAUGUGCUCCAUUAUGCGUCGCCCUGGUAUCCCUCAGAAAAAUAUUCUAUCGUGUCGUAUUAGAUCCCCUGUGACAAAAUUGAUUUUAUUGUCGCUUGUUUGUCCUUUUUCUCCGCCAGCCUCUUCAUCCCUUUCUCAAUUCCUUCAGCUUAUGCCUUUCUCAUAUCAUCUACGAUUCCGUUCCCAAACUCGAUGACCUCUUUCUUUUCCCCAAAGUCAAGAUUCAAAACUCGAUCUAACCCAUCCUUGCGUGAAAAUAUCGGUCAUACAGACCACGUAAAUGGUGACCACUUCGGUUCUUUCAGUGGUAAAUCUACGUUUUCCAAGAUGAGAAAGAAAAGGCCACCUCCGAUAAAUAUCUCAGUUGGAAACGGGAACGUGAUCUUGACAAGUGCUACUCCCACGUCAAGAGUAAUACAUGCGGAUUCCCAAUGGCCAACUACUCCGGAAACGCCACAUACUGGUACUGGAUGCGCAAAUCCCAGAUGCAUAGAACGAGAAUCGGGCCUUCGUUCUUUCUUGAAGUCAGAGUUCGACCGCUCAGUGCAUCCGUGGCUGCAAUCGACGUCAACAUUGAAUCCCUCGCCUCCUCCUAAGCGAUGUUUUCCCAUGGCGGAGCUGCCGGGCUCUGCACAUGGGCCUAGGAGCGUGGAGCUACAUACCCCAUCAACACCACAGAGACAAUCAUUUGAGCAUGCAGUCGGCAGCCAUUUGGAGUCUCCUUUAAACUUGACUUCGAAGUCGACCCUUCCAGAUCAGCCUGCUGGGCUUGCAUUCGAGUAUGGCCGUCCGAGUGCAUCUAUGCACAACGGCAGACAGGCCCUAGAGUUGAAGCAUGCUCAGCAAGAUAAGUCUCUGUCAGGAAAUGAGUCUCGACCUAGCUCAUCAGGAAAAUCGGGGGUCUGCACACAGGAUCGCAUCGAUCGCAUGAAAUCUGAAUACGAGCUUCAACUAGAUCAACAAAAAAACGAGAUUUGUAGCCUAUUGGAACUUCAUGAGACGCGGAUGGCUAUUUUAUGUGACUUCAUCUCUGAACGUCACGGGACCGGAGUGAACGAGCGUAGAGACUCUUCUCAAAACUGUUCCCUGCACAAGGUUUUCCAGCUCGUCAAUGAGCAGAAGCAGCGCGUCCUAAACACUCCGGCGGAUGAUGCGACGAAAGCUUCACAAUCACUGCAGAUCCAGAAGCUACAAGCUCAUGCGGCAGACCUUGUGGCCCAGAUAGCACACAGAGAUCGAAAGCUUCAAUCUUACAAGGCGGAAUCUAGGACGUUAAAAGAGCAGCUCCGGCAGGAGAUCAAGGAGAAAGAUGCUCAGAUUAGCAUUUUGAACUCGAAAGUAACUCAACUGUUGAAUAUGGGACCUUCGCUGUUUCCAGCAUCCCCAGCGGCCCAUCGAGUUGAAAAAGAACUACCCUCGCCAGGCCGUUGCAGCGGGAGGAGUGGAGAGAAAUCGAAGCGGCAGCUGGGGAACAUUCCGCGUACUCCCAGCGCGGUGACAGCCGCUAGUUCUCGCGGACCCAUUACAUCGGUCGAGGCAAGCCGUGCCGGACAUCUGUUAUCCCAUAAUCGUGAAGGCAAGCAGCGACGGUCGACGGUCACAUAGAAGAGUUCAUGUGUUUGUUCAUAUUUCCUAACUUCGAUGCAUAUCCUUGGUUAAACGCGAGCGGUAGAUUGGGUCUGUAGGUGGGUUUUAGCUGCCCUGGUGUUGUCUCGAGCUGGUCGUCUUCAAUUCACCCGUCGAUCAUUAUAAUACUUUUCGAAUGUAAUUUUGCCCCCAAGGACACCGAGACACACGUUUGCUUCCAUGACGGUUAAACUUUGGUUGAUGUGUUCUUUCUGCAACAUGAUCAAUAUUACUCAUACAGUCACGCUAAGAAA